AUGAGCCAACUUGAUGUUGAUGUGAUUAGUAAAAGUAGCGAUAAUGAUAAUUAUGACGAUGAUUACGCUGAUGAUUACGCUGAUGAUUACAUUGAUAAUAAUUUUUCAGCUUCAAGCUCUUCCUGCUUAGAAAUAAAAGCAAAAACCAUCAUUAAAGUUAAAAGUUCAACUCCAAUGCCUGUGAAAUGGUUUACCUUCAAUGCGAAUAACUUUUAUAUAUUUAAUAAUAAACUUACUAAUUAUAUUCAUAAGUGUAUUGAUGAUGUUGAUAUUGAUAAAGAUGAUAUUAAAAUUUCUUAUAAUGUAAAUGGUCAUGGCCAAGAAAUGGCACUAGAGGAUAAUAAUGAUUAUGCUACUUUUAUAGAUAUAAUUGAAGUUGAAGAUUCCGAUGAAGAAAGAGUAACCAAAAAACUAAAACCAAAAAGAUAA